CGGAAAAAGAGUCCUAAAACAACAGCAGCAUGGUGAUCCGUGGGUGUUGCUGUUUUCACUCAACCGUCCUCCUGCAACAACAAAUUCAUAUAUUGGUCAUGUAAUACAAACUUUAUCUUUCACCAUUCCAAAGAUUGUAAGUAACAUACGCUAUCAUGGCAGCUCUAUCAACAGAUCUACAAAACUUUUUACAGAACCACCCUUUUCUAGAGACCACGGAAGCAAACAAGAUUAAAUGCACAUUGAAUGGACACGAGUUUCCUUGCAACCUGACGGAGCUAAAGAACUUCACUUCAGGCAAGAAGUACAAGAAACUGAGCGAGACUGCUAAAUUCGAGUACAGUCAGUAUGAACCCCACGUGGUACCCAGCUCGAAAGAACCAAAGCAGCUCUUCUGCAAGCUGACCCUCCGUCACCUCAACCGCCUUCCUCAUCAUGUACUAAGGCAUGUCAAUGGGAAACGCUUCCAGAAAGCCCUGCAGAAAUAUAAAGAGUGUCAAGAGCAGGGAGUGGAGUAUGUGCCGGCUCGUCUGAAGCAGAAGAGGAGACCAAGGGAUGAAGAGGACGGAGAUGGCGAACGACAGAACAGUCACAAGAAGAAGAAAAAGGGAGGAGGAGGUGGAGGAGAAGGAGGAGGAGGAGGAGGAGGAGACGUGUGGGAGCCCAGCUCUAGCGAGGGAGAGGGCAGUGACUCCGAAGACAGCAUGUCUGACCUCUACCCACCAACCCUGUUCACGGUGAAGGAGCAGGAGAAGAUGGAUGGAGCAGAGGAAGAGGAGGAGGAGGAUGACUUUGAGACGGAUGAAGAAGACAUGGAGGUUUCCAUGGAGGAGGACAAGAAUGCGCCCCAGAAACGCAAAAAGGUGCAGUCUGGAGACGACUUCAAGAAGAAGUUUAAAAACAACAGGAAGAGGAAUGGGUUUAAAUUCACCGGCAACCGAAAUGGAAAAUAAAGGACAUGACUGUACAAUGA